AUGUUUGACAAGAAUGGAUACGCUGAGGAAGCUAAGAGACAUAACCUUGCAAUGGAGAACCUAACAGCUGAAAGAGAGAAGUACCUUGAGGAAGUUACUGAUAGAAGAAAUAGAAUUGCCCAACUAAAGUCAGAACUAGCUGAGGCAAAUAAGGAUAUUAAUUCAACGAAUAAGUCGCUGGAACUCGUUAGAAGAAUCAAUGAGUUAACACAUAAGCCCAUGCCAAGAAUGGCACAAUUAAGUAAUCACUACAAACCUAGCUCUGAAAUGGAAGAAUAUAUGACAAUCUUUGGUUUAAUUACAGGUGGGGUGGUUGGAGGGGCAGCUUAUUUAAUGCUAUAAAAAAUGCCACAAAAAUUUUCACAUAUAUAGUAUAGGGAAAUGGAAUGGUUACAGAUGGCAACACCUGAGGAGAUAGCACAUGUAGGUAAAGGGUAAAUACACUGGACGAGUUAGAGGCUGCUGUGAGGAAGCACGCAGAGAGUAGAAUAAAGAUAAAACACACGUAUGAUCCAAUAUGUAGUGAAUGUGGAAGUAAGUCUAUUGUAAUGAUAGAUGGAGCAGAUACAUGCACACAGUGUGGUACAAGUGAUAUGAAUAACUUCACAUACUACGUUAGUUACAACCACAACAAGGAUGACUACCUGAAAAAGAAGUCUUGUCAUAAUAGAGUCCGUUGGUUUGAGAGACACUUGUUCGAACAUGUUGCUUCUAGGGAUAGGGAUAUAAUAAGGGAGCAGUUUAGAAGCAUCGUAAGAUGUAUACAAAGACUUAGACUGCAAAGGGGGCGCAAUAUAGUUAGAUACAAGUUUUACCUGCUGAGGAUAGCCAGCAUGAAUGGUAUCACCUUAAGAAACCCUCCUGAGGAUAUUAAGACUCAAAGGAUAGUGGACAUCCUUGAGGACAGAUUGUAUGGGAAAGUUUUUGUUGAGCUUGGAUGGAAACCUGAGAAGUGUAAAUAUUAUGAUAACUGGAAAAGUAAAAACACUUAA